UUCGGGGGCGGGGCGGGUGGGCUGGCAGCUGCCCCCCAACAACAGGUGCACAUUCCUGGGCGCCUGGUCACUUCCCCUGUGCUGGCGGUCCCGGCAGCUUCCUGAGUGAACUCACUAAGCGACACAGCCAGGAUAUGACCCCAGGGGCGCUGCUGCUGCUACUGCUGGGGGCUCUGGGAACACCACUAGCCCCAAGUGUACGCGGCUCAGAAACCGAGGGCCGACUCCGCGAGAAACUUUUCUCCGGGUAUGAUAGCUCCGUGAGGCCGGCGCGGGAGGUGGGAGACCGCGUCGGAGUCAGCAUUGGUCUCAGCCUGGCGCAACUCAUCAGCCUGAACGAGAAGGAUGAAGAGAUGAGCACAAAGGUGUACUUAAACCUGGAGUGGACUGACUACAGACUGAGUUGGGACCCUGCAGAGUACGACGGCAUCGAUUUGCUCCGCAUCACCGCAGAAUCUGUGUGGCUACCUGACGUGGUGCUGCUGAACAACAAUGAUGGAAAUUUUGACGUCGCUCUAUACAUUAACGUCGUGGUGUCCUCAAACGGCUCCGUUCGCUGGCAACCCCCCGGCAUCUAUCGCAGCAGCUGCAGCAUCCAGGUCACCUACUUCCCCUUUGACUGGCAGAACUGCACUAUGGUGUUCAGUUCCUACAGCUAUGACAGCUCUGAGGUCAGCCUGCAGACAGGCCUGGGUCCUGAUGGGCAAGAGCAACAGGAAAUUCACAUUCACGAAGGGACAUUCAUUGAGAAUGGCCAAUGGGAAAUUAUCCAUAAGCCCUCUCGGCUUAUCCAGCCUCCAGGGGAUCCUAGGGAAGGAAGAGAAAGACAGCAUCAGGAAGUCAUCUUCUACCUUAUCAUCCGCCGGAAGCCUCUCUUCUACCUGGUCAAUGUCAUUGCCCCAUGCAUCCUCAUCACCCUCCUGGCCAUCUUCGUUUUCUACCUGCCACCAGAUGCAGGAGAGAAGAUGGGGCUCUCAAUCUUUGCCUUAUUGACCCUUACUGUGUUCCUGCUGCUGCUGGCAGACAAAGUGCCUGAGACCUCGCUGGCGGUCCCCAUUAUUAUCAAGUACCUUAUGUUCACCAUGGUCCUCGUCACCUUCUCAGUCAUCUUUAGUGUUGUGGUUCUCAACCUGCACCACCGCUCACCUCACACCCACCAAAUGCCCUUUUGGGUCCGGCAGAUCUUCAUUCACAAGCUCCCUCUGUAUCUGGGUCUGAAGAGGCCCAAACCUGAGAGAGAUCAGAUGCCAGAGCCCCCUCACUCUUCUUCUCCGGGAAGUGGCUGGGGCCGGGGAACAGAUGAAUAUUUCAUCCGGAAGCCGGCGAGUGAUUUUCUGUUCCCCAAACCUGACAGGUUCCAGCUGCAACUGCCUGCCCCGGACCUGCGACGAUUUAUCGAUGGUCCAAACCGGGCUGUUAGUCUACCUCCUGAGCUACGAGAGGUCCUUUCCUCGAUUAGCUACAUCGCUCGGCAGCUGCAGAAACAGGAAGACCACGAUGCGCUGAAGGAGGAUUGGCAGUUUGUAGCCAUGGUAGUGGACCGCCUCUUCCUGUGGACCUUCAUCAUAUUCACGAGCGUCGGGACCCUGGUCAUCUUCCUGGACGCCACGUACCACUUGCCCCCUCCUGUCCCUUUUCCUUGAGAUCUGGAGGGCCGACACCUGGUCCUGGGCCAGCUGAACUGAGAGUUCGGCGUCACGGACAAGCCCUGUCUUUCUAAGUAUCUUAACUCCUUCGCUAGGAAUCCAGCCCUCUUAUUUUGUUUCUGGGCAGGAAGCUGAAGUGGAACUGAGGGCUGGGCUGACAGGUGCCUUGAACCCACCUGAAAUGCACUAUUAGCUUAUUUAUUCCUUGGGCUCUUGAAGAAGUUCCUUUGGGUUUCAACACUUAGGCCCCCAAUUAAAUAGAACAAAGAACAAGAACUAGAUUGUAAACCUUAUGAAGUUAGGAAAUGUGUCUUGUUCACUAUAGAUUCCCAGCACCUUGCACAGGUCCUAACCUAUAUUAAAUGCUUAACAUUUGUUAAAUAAAUAGGGGGAAAAAAUCUAGAAUGAAAUACACCAAUUAAUAGUGCUUCUUUUGCAUGUGGGGAUGUGGUCAUUUUUGCUUUCACAUUUCUGUAAUUAUGUUUUGUAAUGAGUGCUAUCUUUAGCAUAAAAAAAGGUUAUUUCUAAAAGCAUGUAUUUGUAAUGAGAAAAGAAAAAAAGCAUUUUGAAGACCCCAAAGUUGCAGCUUUGGUGCUCAAACAAGCCCCUGAACUUCCCUAAAUCUGUUUUCACACCAGUAAAAUGAAACUAACAAUAUAAUAUAUCAUUGUCUGAGAAUCAUGAGAUGAGAACAAAAGUAGCAUACAGUAUAUAUUAGAGGUUGCAAACUGGUGUGUUUUAUUUGGCCCAUGUUGUUGGCUUGGACAGUUUUAAAUUCAAUCAUUUGGUUACUUUUUAAUUUUUUUUUAGACAAGGUCUCGGUCUGUCACCUGGGCAAGAUUAUGGUAGCAUCAUCACAGCUCAUUGCAACCUGAACUCUUGGGCUAAAGCAAGCUUCCUGCUUCAUCCUACGUGCUACAGGCAUGCACCACUACACCAGCUAAUUUUUCUAUUUUUUGUAGAACUGGGUCUCACUCUUGCUCAGACUAGUCUUGAACUCAUUGCUAGCAAGCCUCUCAACUUGGCCUCCCGAAGUACUAGGAUUACAGGUGUGAGCCACUAUGCCUGACCAUUUGGCUACUUCUAAAUUUGAACAUUUCACAAAGAAAUGUGGAUUUCUGGCUUUUUUUUUUUUUUUUUUUUUUUGAGACAGAGCCUCAAGCUGUUGCCCUUGGUAGAGUGCCAUAGCAUCACAGCACACAGCAACCUCCAGCUCCUGGGCUUCCUCGAUUCUCUUGCCUCAGCCUCCUAAGUAGCUGGGACUACAGUCUGCCACAAUGCCCAGCUAUUUUUUGGUUGUAGUUGUCGUUGUUUGGCAGGCCCGAGCCGGAUUCAAACCUGCCAGCUCUGGUGUAUGUGGCUGGUGCCUUAGCCACUUGAGCUACAGGAACCGAGCCAGAUUUCUGGCUUUUGGGCAGCACCUAUAGCUCAAGGAGUGGGUGCCGCCCCAUAUGCCAGAGGUGGUGGGUUCAAACCCGGCCCCGGCUAAAAACUGCAAAAAAACAAACAAAAACCAAAAACAGAUUCCUGGCUUUUGUGGAAAAAUAUUGAAAAACUGUAGAAACACCAGGCUUGGGUUUCCUGUUGUCAACAAUCUGCUAUGGCUGAUUAGUGGCUGCCUACUCUGGUCAAGUUAUUUAUGCCAGAAUUCCACAAAUUCCCUGUCCACCUGACUGGCUUCACUCAUUUUACUUGCCCAUCUUUUUUUAACUGUAUAUAUGGUAUCUGUAUCUCUCCAUGUUAUCUAUAUCUAGAAAAAAUAGAGGAUGGGAGGAGGGGCAAAGAGUUGAAGCCAAUGGGGAGGCUGGGAGUGGAAAAAAGAAAGUCUUAUGGCCAUUGCACAAUUUGUGCCCCACUUUCCUUUCCCCAUUUAAGGUAGGGCCAUUCUGGAUAUGGACCUAGCAGUUGUGUACAGUAGGCUAUGUGAACUCGACUGUUAAUGGUCUUGCCUGGAAACUGGAUCAGAGUCAGCUUGAGUCUAGUGGCUACAGCAAUUAGUGAUACCUAGAAUCAACAAGUCCUCAUACCUAAAUUGCUGUUGUUUUUGUCUUUAAGAGAGAGCAUAGGAAUACAAUUCCCAGGAAACCCUGUGGAACAAGGUUAGCAUGUCCCUUUCCCCCAGACCCUCCAGCCACGCAAAUAAUUGCACCUGGCAUCCCACCAUGGAGCAGUUUGUCUUUCUUGUUGGUUUAUUGGCCUAGAGAGUUGGACACACACACAAAUGCGGAGAUAAAUAUUGGUCAGUUUCUCUAAAUCUGGAUCCUCACUACGUAUAGAGCUAGAGUCUGUAGAAUUCUAAAUCUUGCGUGCUGUGGCACAGAACCAGUAGCCUUCCCACUCUGCUGCUACCCUGCUUCCCAGGGAACAUGAGGAAAGAGGGCACAAACUGACAAAACUUAAUCAUUUUCAAAAGAUGAAACUGCAAAAUCUUCUACUUCCAAACUUACAAUAGUCAAAUUUCCCAGCUCAAAUACAUAUAUUUUAAUCUCCACUUAGCCACAAUCUCAUUUGUUGCCCAGAAACACCGAAAUCUGGAACCUAUAUUCCUUAAUAUUUAAAAAAAAAAUAAA